AUAUAACCUAUCUUUUAAACGUCAGAUUUAAAUGUCCACAAUUAUUUACUUUAUUUAUAACGUGAAAACAACAAUAAAUAAUGUGGAAACUAAGUGGUUUUGUGAGGACGUUAAAACGUUUUUAUUCUUCAAGAACGAUUUUUGCCCUAUCGUCAGGACAAGGCAAAUGUGGGGUGGCCGUUAUAAGAAUAUCAGGUCCAAAAUCCGGUGAAGCUCUAAAAAAAUUAACGAACAUGAAAAAUAUGCCAGAACCUCGUUUGGCAAAUUUACGAAGUAUCAGGAACCCCAUAACACAAGAAAUUUUGGAUAAGGGACUAGUUCUAUGGUUUCCAGGCCCCAAAAGCUUCACAGGAGAGGAUAGUUUUGAAUUGCACGUACAUGGUGGUUUGGCUGUAAUAAAUUCAAUAUUAAAUGCCUUGGGUACUAUUGACAAUGUUAGGGCUGCUGAAGCAGGUGAAUUUACAAAAAAAGCUUUCCACAAUGGAAAAUUGGAUUUGACUGAGGUUGAGGGUUUAGCCGAUUUGCUGCAAGCUGAGACAGAGGCCCAAAGAAAGCAGGCAUUUUUGCAAACUCAAGGGUCUCUGAGUAGGUUUUAUAACAAUUGGAAGGAAAUUUUGGUGAAAUGUGUGGCACAUAUCGAGGCCCAUAUAGAUUUUGACGAGACUGAAACUUUGGAUUUGGGGAUUUUACUUGGUGUUGCCAGGGAUGUUAAAAAAUUGAGGGAUGAAAUAGAAAAUCAUUUAAAAGAUGGUAGAAAAGGAGAGACUCUAAGAAAUGGAGUCAAAACCGUUAUUCUUGGAGAACCUAAUGUUGGAAAAAGUUCUCUCCUUAACUUACUAUGUCAAAGACCAGCAGCUAUUGUUACUCCAAUAGAGGGCACCACCAGAGAUAUUUUGGAAGUAACAUUAAACAUAGGAGGUUACCCCUUGGUACUAGCUGACACAGCAGGUUUGAGAUUAAAAACUGAUGAUCUAGUUGAAAAGGAAGGCAUUAAAAGAGCAUUAAGUAUGUAUGAACAAGCUGACUUAAUCCUACUUCUCACUGGAGCUGACAAAUACUCACUUUGGUUGGAGAAGAAUCCAGAAAGCACAUUUCAAGAUUACCUACAAAACUACGUUGAAUCGUUAAAGUUGUCUAACUUUUUGGAUAAAAAGAAUUUUAUAGUUGUACUAAACAAGACUGAUCUACUGCCAAAUUUUGACGGGGAAGAAAAUUUAAUCCCAAUUAGCUGCAAGACUGAGCAAGGAGUGACAAAUUUGGUGGAAAAUAUAACAGGGGAGCUAAAAAAACUGUGUGGAGAACCUUCAAAGGAACACCCUUCUAUGAACCAGAUAAGGCACAGGCAAAAUUUAAUAAAUUGUUUGGAAAAUUUGGAUUUAUUUCUAAAAUAUGUAGGAAAAACUGAAGAUUUUAACGGAGACAUGGUUUUAUUAGCAGAAUAUUUAAGAAAAUCUUUAAAAAGUUUGGGAAAACUGGUUGGAACUGUUACCAAUGAGCAGCUUUUGGAUGUUAUUUUUGGCGAUUUUUGUAUAGGAAAAUAA